AUGGAAGCAGGAGGUUCCCACAGGGAGCUGACUGCCCAGCUUAACUGCCAUCGACCUCCAGGUCAUGCCAGGGGGCUGCGUCCCCACCGGAGGAAGCGGACCACUUUCAGCAGAGGGCAGCUGCUGGAGCUGGAAUGCGUGUUUGCAGCACUGCCCUAUCCCGACAUCAGCACCCGUGAGUGCUUGUCCCGGGUCACCCGUCUCCCUGAGGCCAAGAUCCAGAGCUCCUGUUCUCUCCCAGACACCCUCAAGCAGCCCUGGGAGCCUCGCCCACUGCACCAGCCUCUACCCUCCAACAGCACACCUCUGUGUCCACACUGCUCCUGUCCAGCUCCUAGUCGGGGUCCUGGACAGGGCUGGACAGGGGCUAAAGCUGCAGCCCCAUGGGGCCUAGCUGAAGCUUCAGGGGCCCACCCUUCUUUGGAGCAAGCUAUUCCUCAGACCCCCCUGGGCAGCCUGUCUGACCUCAUCUAUGCUUUGGCUGUUGUCACCAACCUGGACCUAAUCUAG